AUGAAGCAGCCUGCUUUGUUCGUGGCAGCUGUCCUUGCAUUUGCGAGCGGGAGUCCGGUGAACCAGCAAAGGAUUGCAACGCGCACCGGCACAAGUACGCACUUCAAGACACAAGAUAGUCAGGGAAACUACAGGUUCGGCUACGACGUUGUUCAUUCUUCAGGGAGCAGCUUCCACAAAGAGGCGAGCUCCAACGGCGUCAAAGUGGGAUCGUACGGUCUACGAGACGUCGAUGGCCGCGUCCGCAUCGUCAAUUACGUUGCCGACGCGCAAGGAUUCCGCGCCGACGUGCGCACAAAUGAGCCAGAUCCCGCGAAGGAUUCCGCCACCACGAGCCACGCCGUCGCUCCGGCGGAGAACGCAUCCAGCGACAAGGAUGCUGCGCUGACUGGACCGACCGAGAUGACGUCGUCUUCGACGAUGGUGUCUUCUGUCAGUGCCGAACCAUCUCGAGACCCGGAGCGCGCGGGAGGCGACGUUGUCCCGCCCAAAGUCUUGACCGACGCGGACGACGUGCCUCGACGCACCAAGCCCAGGCCUCCCGUAUUCCCGUCCCCACCACCGUCCGCUCCGAAAGAGGUCGACGCUCCAAGAAGGCCCGGUCCUCCGAAACGUGCAAUGCAUCGGCUCAGGUAUCCUUUCUACGUGAAUACAGCCGACGUGCGCGUCGUCGGGCCGGGCUUUCCACAGGCUUUCCCCCGAAGACCCGGAGGCUUUCAGCUGGCCCCAUUCCACGGGGCAUUCCCCUUCACUAGGCCCUUCUCGCCGGCCGCGUUCGGGUACUUUCCCGCCGGUGUACCCGAGCUCCACCCAGCCGCCCUGCAUCCGGCAUACUACGCCAACGCCGCAUCUGCCUUUCUGCACUCUAUGCAACUGAGGCACUUUCCCUUCGGCCAGCUCAAGUGGCCCUACCACGCACCCUUCGUUCCGCCGCCGCUUGUGAUGUUCUAGGAGCAGCCGAAAUACGCCUGCGCGCUAUUCCGACGUCUUCUUCCGGCCGAGCGACAUCAACGAAAAGGCGGGCAAGAUUUUUUCCGCUCGUGCAUUUCGGAUACCCACCGAGUUUCUCACACUUUCUUACGGCGUGUUGCACAAACGUGUCGAGCUGCAUGGUCUUUCAAACAAGCUUCGAGGCAUGCCGUGG